AUGCGAACGAACGGCACUCCGAUCGGCCGCAGUGGAAGCCUCUCCGACCAUGACCUAGGGGAAAAAGACCAUCGGGCUUGUGUGCUGCCACAGCUAGUUGGACUCAUGCCAGCCUCAGUCAUGUUCAAGAAAUCCAAGAAGCCGGGGAAGACGUUCCCCGUCCGCGUCACCACCAUGGACGCCGAGCUUCACUUUGAUCUCCCCUGGAAAUCAACCGGACAGGAGCUCUUCGACCUGGUGUGCCGGACGAUCGGACUCCGAGAGACGUGGUACUUUGGCCUCCAGUACCAGGACUCGAAACAGUAUGAAGCCUGGCUCAAGAUGGAUAAGAAAGUGCUUUCCCAAGACAUCCCUCGGGGAGCAUACCCGGUGUCAUUGAUGUUCCUGGCACAGUACUACCCGGAGGAUGUGUCGGAGGAGCUGGUGCAGGAGAUCACCCAGCACCUCUUCUUCCUCCAAGUGAAACAGGCCAUCCUCAACAUGGAUAUCUACUGUCCCCCUGAAGCUUCUGUCCUCCUUGCCUCCUAUGCAGUGCAGGCCAAGUACGGCGACUACGACGAGGCGACGUACCAGCCGGGGCUGCUGGCGAGCGAGGACCUACUCCCGAAGCGAGUCAUCGACCAAUACCAGAUGACCCCGACGAUGUGGGAGGACCGCAUCAAGGUGUGGUACGCCGACCACAGGGGCAUGACCCGCGACGAGGCCGAGAUGGAGUACCUCAAGAUCGCUCAGGACCUUGACAUGUGUGGUGUCAACUACUUCCCCAUUGAGAACAAGAAAAGGACAGAGCUGUGGCUCGGUGUGACCGCCCUGGGGAUCUACAUCUACGACAAGGAGAACAAGCUGGCCCCCAAGAUCUCCUUCCCCUGGUCCGAGAUCCGGAACAUCAGCUUCAACGACAAGAAGUUCACCAUCAAGCCGGUCGACAAGACCGCCCCCAGCCUCCCCUUCUUCUCGCAGAAUCUCCGCAUGAAUCAGCUGAUCCUGGAACUCUGCAUCGGGAACCACAGCCGGUUCAUGCGCCGCAGAAAGCCCGACUCGAUGGAGGUGCAGCAGAUGAAGGCUCAGGCCAAGGAGGAGAAGCUGCGGCGGCAGAUGGAGCGCAGCAAGUUGGCCCGCGAGAAGGACCUCCGCGAGGAACUGGAGCGCCAGAAGUCCGAGCUGGAGCGUCGUCUGUAUCAGUACCAGGAGGAGGCACGGCUCGCCAACGAGGCCCUCAGGCGGUCGGAGGAGACGGCGGAGCUGCUGGCAGAGAAGUCUCGUGUGGCUGAGGAGGAGGCUGCACUUCUCACACAGAAGGCCGCUGAGGCUGAGGCAGAAGUCAAGCGCAUCAAAAUUCGAGCCAUCAAGACCGAGGAGGAGCGGAUGGUGAUGGAGAGGAAGGUGCGCGAUGCCGAGCUGCUGGCAGCUCGAUGCAUGGAAGAGAGCGAGCGGAGGGCGACAGAGGCAGCCAGGCUCCACGACGACCUGCAGCGGGCCAAGGACGCCGAGAAACAGGCCAAGGAUCGCCUGCUUGAUGUCCUGCGAAACUCCUACUCCUCCAACCCAUCCCUCUCGCUCUCCCCACACCCUCAGUCUUCUCCGACCCUCAAUAUGAAUGGGAGCAUGGAGCUGGAAGGGACUUCCCUUCGCCUGAGCGAAGACUCCUCGACCCACUAUGACCUCAUUGCGGAUGGGGACAUGGAGCAGCUUUCCCUGGAAAUUGAGAAAGAAAGGGUGGAGUACUUAGAGAAGAGUCAGCACUUGCAGGCACAACUGAGGGACCUCAAGUCAGAGAUCGAUCUGCUCAAGGUGGAAGACAGGCGGACUCUCCUCGAUCAGCUCCACGAGGAGCAAGUCCUCAAUGGAGAGAACAAAUACUCCACGCUCAGAAAGACUACCCUGCAAGUAGCCUUCCGUAUCGGCCUCUGCACCCGAGCAGACGGGUCGACGGUCGCUGUUGCCGACGCUCGAGCACGGCUCCGACCCAUCGAUGCUUCCUCUGGAACGUAUCGCACAACUCGACUCACUUCCCUCUUGAAGCUCUAUCACUUAGAGAGGAUACGUGAUGCCGAGCAGCUUGCUUGUGAUGAGUCUGUUUCAUGA